UAUCAGUGAUAAUUCCUGCUUUUUAUACAUUCUUCCUUUCGCUUUUAAAAAAAAUACAAUUUUUUGAUCUGGGUAUUAAUGGGUUUUUCAAAUUUGAGCUAGAAAACUCUCUAUUAGUAAUUUUGAUCAAUUCAAUUAUUAUAUUUAUCUUAGUGUAACAAUGCUAUUUAGGAGUGAAGAAGUGUUAAAUUGUCAAUCUUUUGUUGUUUGUAUGACUGAUUUUGCAGUCCCUACUAAGCACUGUUAAAAAAUAUUGAUGAUUGUCUAAGUUGCUUGUCUCGAGUUGUGCUCUAUUUCUUAUUGUAUGAAAGAACUUUUUAUUGCAUGUAAUGGCAAAAUUGGAAGAACAUUGUAUAUUACUUAAUGUGGAAAAACCAAACAAACAGUCUUUGUUCCUCAGAUUUAGGAACUUGGAGUUAUGGUUAUGACUUAUGAUCAUCAUGCUUUGAACAUUUGGGUAUAAAAGAAAUUACCUUGUUAGAUCAGCAAAGGUAGCAAAAAUGGCUAUGGCUCCUACAGUCAAGGUGAUUUUAGGGUCAAUUGCCUUUGCAGUCUUUUGGGUAUUAGCAGUUUUCCCUGCUGUCCCAUUUUUACCAAUUGGAAGAACAGCAGGAACACUCCUGGGAGCUAUGCUGAUGGUACUUUUUCGCGUCAUAACUCCGGAACAAGCAUAUGAUGCAAUUGAUCUUCCGAUACUUGGUCUUCUCUUUGGCACUAUGGUAGUUAGUGUUUAUCUUGAAAGAGCUGAUAUGUUCAAAUACUUGGGUAACUUAUUAUCAUGGAAAAGUAAAGGAGCCAAAGAUUUGAUACUGAGAAUCUGCCUGAUUUCUGCUCUUUCUAGUGCUUUGUUUACAAAUGAUACCUCUUGUGUUGUUUUAACUGAGUUUGUCUUGAAGAUUGCUAGGCAACACAAUCUUCCCCCUCACCCUUUUUUACUAGCUCUUGCUUCUAGUGCAAAUAUUGGUUCUUCAGCAACACCUAUUGGAAACCCACAAAAUCUUGUUAUAGCAGUCCUAAGUAAAAUUUCAUUCGGGAAGUUCUUAGUGGGACUUCUCCCAGCUAUGCUCGUGGGUGUUUUUGCAAACGCAUUGAUCAUAAUAGCCAUGUAUUGGAAAGUAUUGUCAACUCAUAAGGAUGAGGAAGAUGCCACUUCCCAGGUUGUGGAAGAGGAAUAUACUUCUCAUCGGUUUUCACCUGCAACAAUGUCACAUAAUUCUCCUUCCAAUUCUUUCGUAAUGGAAACUCAUAGUUCUCCUGGUUCUAGAGGAAAUUCAGAUUGUAUAGAGAGUUUAAGAAAUCGUGUUAAUUCAUUGGAAAAUGAAAUUCAGAGACUUGACUCUUGUAGAAUUUCAGAUGCAUCAAAAGACAUGGUGGUAGAUGAAUCUGUUCAGGAAAAGGAAGAAACUGGGAUUCCUGAGAGAGUUGAAACAGUGAAGGGAGGAUUUACCACACAGUUGAAGCUAUUCUUAGCUGGAAAAGAAGUUAGUGAAAAGUGGAAGCAUGCCCUUUGGAAGAUAUGUGUUUAUCUUGUUACCAUAGGCAUGUUAGUUGCUCUGCUAUUUGGUUUAGAUAUGUCAUGGACUGCGAUCACUGCUGCACUAGCUCUUGUAGUUCUGGAUUUCAAGGAUGCUCGCCCCUCGCUAGAGAAGGUCUCAUAUUCACUUCUGAUAUUCUUUUGUGGAAUGUUCAUUACGGUUGAUGGAUUCAAUAAGACAGGCAUCCCAAGUAAAGUGUGGGACAUUAUGGAGCCGUAUUCACAAGUUGAUCGUGCUGGUGGAAUAGCAAUUCUUGCGCUUGUCAUUCUUGUCCUUUCAAACUUGGUGUCAAAUGUUCCAACUGUUCUAUUGCUGGGAGGACAAGUAGCUGCAUCUGCAGCAGCUAUUUCUGCAUCAGAAGAAAGAAAAGCAUGGCUGAUCUUAGCUUGGGUGAGUACCGUGUCUGGAAACUUGUCACUCUUAGGAUCUGCAGCCAACUUAAUCGUGUGCGAACAGGCUCGCCAGGCUCAGUAUAUGUCAUACAAUCUUACAUUCUGGAGACACCUUAAAUUUGGAGUUCCAUCCGCACUUAUUGUCACUGCUAUUGGCUUGAUUCUAAUAAGAGGUUGAUAAGCUAAUAUCUUUGUUCAUUAAUUUUGGUGUACAGUGUAUUCUUCUAUUAUACAGCAGAAUUUAAUUCAUACAUAUCCCUGUAAUUGAAUCAUAUGGUGAUUGAUAUUUUCGAUUCGAUAUUGAUACAAUUUUUAUUUAUACA